GCAAGCAGUAAAGGUGUGCCAGAGUUUGUGUGGGCCAGACUUACCAUUGCCACAUCAGAACAGUAACGCUAUUUGUUCGUGUUACAAACGAGAAGGUUUAUCACAAAGGUACCGAUUUACCUGGAGAGGUGCCUUCCAGAAUGGGAUGGUUGUUAACGCAAAUACUCGGCUGCCUUCUGUAUAUUUUAUUUUACCGCACAACUGCAUCGACACUGCGUUAUUCUGUUUAUGAAGAUCUUGAAAAGGGGUUUGUCGUUUCCAACAUGGCAAACGAUUUGGGAUUAGAUCCUAAAAUAUUAUCGAGCCGAAGGGGGCGUGUUGUUUUUGAAGGAGAGACACAGUAUUUUCAAAUAAAUACCCACGAUGGAUCGCUGUUAGUAAAUGAACGAAUUGAUAGAGAAAGAAUAUGUGGGCAGUCUCAGCCUUGCCUGUUGUACUUUCAACUUAUUUUGGAAGAUCCGUUACGAGUAUAUGGUGCCGAGACAGAAAUUUUAGACUUAAAUGACAAUCCCCCGAGGUUUCCCAAAACAGAAUAUCUUCUGGAGAUAAAUGAAAUGACUGUUCAGGGUACUCGGUUCCCCCUUGAGAAUGCGCAAGAUUUAGAUGUGGGCAUUUAUGCCAUUCAGAAUUAUCAUAUAAGCCCAAGUGAGUACUUUCGCCUGAACGUCUACAAUGCAAGUGACAGUAGGAAGCGGGUUGAACUUGUGCUUGUGAAACAACUAGACUAUGAAAAAACGCACACAUUCAACGUGCAGCUCAUUGCCACGGAUGGGGGCAAGCCCCAGAAAACAGGGUCAGCUCGUAUACGGAUUGUUGUAUUGGAUGCAAACGAUAACGAACCAGUGUUCAGUCAGAGCACCUACAAAGUGAAACUUUUAGAAAAUAACGCGCAAGGUUCAAUUGCUGUUAAAGUAACAGCUACUGAUGUAGACGUGGGGACAAACGGCGAAAUCUUGUAUUACUUUGGUCAUGUUUCAGACAAAGUCAGUAAGCUAUUUAGCAUACAUGAAAGAACUGGAGAAAUAACGGUUUCUAAAUCCCUGGAUUAUGAAAAAGAAAAGAAUUAUCAGCUGGAGGUGCAAGCUAAAGAUGGAGGUGGCCUGACGGCGCAUUGCGAAGUAAUAGUAGAAACCAUUGACGUGAACGACAAUGCACCUGAAGUCAUUGCAACCUCAUUUACUAGCCCCAUACCCGAGAACUCUCCGCUUCAGACUGUAAUAGCACUCCUGAGUGUCCGGGAUCAAGAUUCAGGAGAAAAUGGGAAGGUUCGCUGUUUUAUUGCAGAUCCCCAACCUUUCAAAUUGCUUCCAUCCGUGAAGAACUUUUACGAACUGGUGACAGAUGCACUGCUUGACCGUGAAGACACAUCUGAAUACAAUAUUACUAUUACUGCAGAAGAUUCUGGUUCCCCUCCAUUAUCUGCAACAACUACCAUACAUCUGAAAAUAUCUGACAUUAAUGACAAUCCACCAAUAUUUAAGCAACAGUCCAACGCAUUCUGUAUUUCAGAGAACAACAACCCAGGUGCAUUGAUAGGGGUAGUAAAUGCAUUUGACAUGGACUCUGAAAAUAAUGCUCGCAUUCAUUAUUCCGUAAUUGAAAAGCAGAUCCAGAAUUUGCCGCUGUCACAUUUUAUCUCCAUUAAUUCUGAUAGCGGUGGCAUUUAUGCAAUGAGAUCAUUGGAUUAUGAGCAGGUCACUCAGAUUGAGUUUGCUGUUAAUGCUCAAGAUAGUGGAUUUCCUGCACUUAAUAAUAGUGCUAUUAUAAAGGUACUAGUUUUAGAUAAAAAUGACAAUACUCCCAUGGUUUUGCACCCUUUGCUGAAUGCUAGCUCUUCUGCUGAAAUGGUACCUCUCACUGCAGAAGAGGGCCAUCUUAUUACUAAAGUUGUGGCUGUCGAUGCUGAUUCUGGACAAAAUGCAUGGCUUUCUUUUCACCUUUUAAAAGCCACGGAUCCAAGUCUUUUUGAAGUAGCAUUGCAGUCCGGAGAAAUUAGAACAACCCGACGCAUCCAAAGUAAGGACAUUAAUAAGCACAAGCUGGUAGUUGGUAUAAAGGACAACGGUCAGCCACCAUUGACUUCAACAGUUACUCUGAAUUUACUAAUAGCAGAACGUUUUUCCGAUGCCUAUUUGAAACAUACAGAUUUGCAAAAACAAGAGGAAGCUGACCCCAGUUUACUUACUUACUUAAUAAUUUCAGUGUCUGUUAUUUCUUUGUUGUUUUUGGUCUUAAUAAUAAUCCUAGUGGUUGUUAAAUGCCACAGAAUUAAAAAUAGGAAAUGCCAAACAGUUGAUAUGAAUGUGGGUGCUUCUCGUGCUAUUCAGUUUCCUACAGGUUUCUUAGAAAAACAAAACACGGGAACAAUUCAUAGGGGAUAUUUGUCUGGCACCAAUUUAACAACGGAUUCAAACAACCAUGAAGUACAGAUCUGCAAGACAAACAAGGAAGAUAAUUUAGCUGGAAGGGGAAGUCAUGAUUUUUCCCACUUGCUUAUUGGCAUCAACACAGAACAACAGCCUUGGUCCUGGAUGAAUGCAGAACAUCUGUGAAAUAAAUCAACUCUGUAAAACUGGGAAUGUACAAGGAAGAUGGCUACAUAUGAAUGAAAGCAAUGAAUGACUUUCCUGUAGUGUGACAAAAGAAUAUCAGAAGAGAAAGAGACUACAAGACACAUCAGUCUGUGUUUGCUGGUAUUGAGCUGAUGAUGUGAUUCCUCUGCUGUUAUUUAGUAUCGGUUUGUUUCUGACUGUGACGUACAUCGUCAUCUUGAAAGUUUGCCAAACCACCUCAGUACAUCUGCAAAAAACUACUUAUUCAUAGCUUCAAACUGCCUUCUGUCUAAUUAUGUUCUGAAUGACAGUAAUGAACUCUUGUGUAUGCCAUCAUAUAAAUCAAAAGUAAUGUGACAUUUGACCACUUCCUUACAUCAAGUAUGAUAACAGCUAUUCACCAACUAAAAAUGUGUUUAUAUUAAAUACUUUCCAUUCAUAGAUGGCUUGCAUUCUAAACUUUUGUAUAGGUAAGACACAAUGGGUGUGAUUCUUUUUUUUUUUUUAAUUUCCUUGAAUGCUUAAUCUUGUUGUUUGAAUGUAAGCAAUUAUGCCUGCCAAUUAGGUAUUUUGUUUUGGUAAAUUUUUGUGGGGAUUUUUUGUGUUUAUUACUCAAAGAUGGAACAUUGUUUUUAUAUUUGUGUGUUUUCAUAUGCAGUUCUCUGUACUUUGUAGAUGAAACCUCCCAAGAAUUGACUGGUAUUGUAAUGGUUAAUUGAUUUGUACAGUUUGAAAUGGCUAUCAACCAGACAUCACUGAGUACAAAAUGACAUACCAUACUGAAAGCACCUAUCUUGUGGCAAUUUACUGUAUACAUUUAUUACAAACUGGAGCAAAAAUGUACCUCACUCAGAAAGCUUUAAAACUGUGUUAAGAUGGCUACUGCUUGUCUUCCUUCAAGAGAUUUCCAAAUGGUUAUAUUGACACUGGAAGUGGACAGAGCUGCCACAAAUCAUGCACAGCUACUAAAACAAAGAUUGUUCAAAAAUGUGAAAUACUUCUGUGGAUUCCUAAUGUUGUUAAAGUCUAAAAUUUUCAUACAAAAUGUGUAAUGCAGUAGUAUAGUCCCAUUAAUAAUCAUAUAUUCCUAUAAAAGAUAUAAUAUGCAUAUUACAAGCAUUUGUAUGUUAUGAGUAGUCCUAGAUGAUACAUUAUUUUUUAGAAUAUGUAUGAAUGUAUUCUUAGCAAAAGAAUACACUACACAUCAUAAAACUGCAAAACAUUUCUAAUUUUUGGACAUGCACAACUGCAAGAAAAUCACCAGUACUUACUCAUUAUAAAACCAAGUUGUCCACUGACUUGGGAAUUCAUAUUUCUGUAUAUAUUUAAUAGGGAAACAAAACCAAUUGUAACUAUGCUUGAAGAGCCAUGUACCUUAGUCAAAAUAUCUGCCAAUGUGUAGUCUUCAAAAGAUGUAUAAUAAAUGCAGUGAAUGAUUAUAUGUUAA